AUGAGUCUGGGUAUCAUGGAAGAGGAAGAUCUGGCCGAGUACUUCCGGCUGCGGUAUGGGGAGCGGCUGCUGCAGAUGCUCCAGAAACUCCCCAAUGUUCAGGGACAGUCGGAGUCCCCAUCCAUCCGGCUACUGGAGAAGAAAAAGGAGCUGAAAAUCAUGUAUCAUAAUAUCCUGCAGAAGAAGAAGAUAUGUCAGCGCAGAAUGGAAGCCCUGAACCUGUGCUGGGAGGAACUGAGCGUUAAGGAAGCCCAGCUGAUGGCUCACCUCCACUUCAUCCAGGAGAACGACCAGAAACGGAUCCGUGCCAUGAAGAAAGCCAACAAGGAACGAGAACUCAAGCGCCAGCACAUGCAGGAGCUGACCAAGGGCAGGCAGGAAAUGGUGGCACUGUGGCUGGAGCACCAGCGGCUGAGCGCCAAGCUGCAGGGCUACUCCAUCUUCAACAAGUACCUAGAGAAGGUGGUGGAGAACUCCGAGGAAGGGGCUCCCAGUGUAGACCAUGGAGUGCGGAAUGAUAGGAGCCAGGCUAAGAGGCAACUGGAGUAUGACGUCACCCUCGGGGGUAGAGGGGGCACAAACAACCGUUUUAGGAAUCUUAUGAGGAAAAGAGGUGGCUCUAGAAACAUCCAACAGAAAGACAGCCAGCUGCACAGUGAUGCGAGGCUGAUUGUGUUAGUUUUCUAG